AUUGUGCAGAGUUAUUUACUAUGUGCUUCCUUAUUACAGCGGUUUAGUCGUCAUUACGUCGAGAUAUCUGUUUACACAUAAAAUUACGUCGCGUCGAGAUUUAUUUUUCGUUUUAAUUGUUUUAUUGAUCGCGUUUCCAAAUACUAUUUAUGCAGAACAAAGUUUUCAAAUUUCGUUUUAAUGUUUGUGCUUUUCACUCGUUUUACUCGUAACUAAGGAAUGCUAAAUCGUGUAUGAUACAUUUUGAACGCGUUUUUAUUGUUGUUGUCAUUUAAAAAACAUAUGUUAAAGCUAUUUAUCGCCAGUCUUCACGUAGUUUCAUCGACAAUUUUCGAAAAUGAGCAUACAGGAUGAAAGUUUUCCACAUGACGAACUCUUCGAGGCAGAUCUCUCACCCACGCCACUUAAUAGGUUUCAGUUUCCACACCGCUUGCGUGAACGGCAACAACAAAAGCUGUACAACGGUGAAAUUCCCAAAAGUCCACUUACUUUGGUGCACAAUCUCAACAUAUCCAGCUCAUCCGCUGACCAAACAAUCUCCUCCGCAGAAUCCGUUACAGAGCAACCCCGUAACGCUGCAAUGCUAAGUAAUCAUCGCAUGAUUAAGAGCGACCAAAGUGAUCUCGCUAACAUGGGUGAAACGCGCGCACAACUGCUUGGAGGCGAACAUAAAUCCCGCUCUUACCAGGAUAUACAUUCGGAGUACACGAAGCGGCGCUACAAGCAUGUCGAGAGUAAAGUCGGACAAUAUAUCGCAAAUAUACGCAACGAGGAUGAGCGACGUCGCAAGUUGGCCCGCUUCCAAAGGCACCGCUCCAUGCCCUUGGCACUGGUGCACGAUCCGCACGCAUUGAAGAGGCUGCAGUUGCAGCGUGGCGUGACCGCGAUGGCGGACAGUUUGAGCCAAGCGCUUGUACGCGUCAUUGAUGGUGUUGAAGAGGAGGCGGACGAAAUGGAGCAGGAAGCGAGCGCAGACUUGUCCAGCAGCAAUUUAACGGCGCUUACAUCAGGGACUAUGUCUACACAGAGUGGCAGUGGCGGCGCUGCCGAUGACGAUGACGACGACGUUGCAGAGAUUAACCAUACACGGCAGACAGACGAGAGUGGGGAGAACGAUUUGUGCGCCGCUCAUAAAGUUGGUGCAGUGGACAAAGCUACUUAUGCGCUCUUACUGGACGAACGCGAUCGUUUGCAAUCGUACAAUGACUACCAGCAGUUGAAGCUGGAUGAGAAGCAGAGUGAAAUUACGCGUCUGAGACAAAAUGUGGACUUCUUGCGUGUACGGCUGAGUACCGCCGAGGAUCAGCUGAAGCGAAAUGUUAGUGGUCGUCAUACAUUGAAUGGCAUGACAAGCGGCCCGCUUGGGUACAGUCACUCGAGUACGUCUGGUAUGCCUUAUUGGGGUACCGGACGGCAAUCAUUGCAGGGUUUGCUUUAUUGCGCCACAAAAACUACGAAGGGAACACAGACAGAAUUCGAGCACCACUCGCCACCACCUCCACCGCCGCCAUCACCGUCUCCGCUACAUGUCGGUAUACCAAAUAAUGAAAUGCACAUAUUUGUGACACCCGACUCGCCGGACGCCAAUAAUAACCAAUGCGUGGAGGGUACAUUGGAGGCGUGUGAACGGAACAUUAAAAGCGUGGCUGCCAUACAACCGAUGUCAUUGAAUUUCUGCAACUAUACGGAUGGGUUGAGUGCCGAACGGCGUUUGGCCACAGAAAAAGCCUCACUACGCAAACGCAGCAACUCUCUUAAGUUUCGGGAAGCACAAGCUCAAACGGUUGCGACCCACAACAGCGAUAAGUCACAACAUAAUUCGCGCACAAGUCAGCCGAGCAGCUCCGAUUCGGCCAUUGAUGUCGGAGCGAUUGAGUUGUCUUCGUCGCCGAAAUCUGCACAUAGUAAGCGAUACACAGUCGAACCCAGUGAACAUACGACGUUUGCGCCGAAAGUUCGCAGUUUACACUAUAAUCGUGAGCAGCGAACUCCAUCGCCGUCGGGUUUGUAUAUUGCACAUUGUUCCAACAGCACCGCAAUGGAUAUCUCAGCAGCUGUAGAUGCUACGCAAGGCGCGCGCAGGUCGACGCUUCAGAAGUGUGGUGGCGCGGGUGGCAGGUCUAUAUCACGACGCUGGUUACGUUUGUUUGGUAGUUGCAUGCGUUGCAAGAACCCGCGACAGACCGAACGUGAGCAGUUCGCUCUACAACAGACUUACACACAAAUUCCGUUGUUGGAAACUACUUUCGAUAGAAGCGCUAUACCGUUGGUCUCGAAUUAAAGCGAUGCCAAUUUUUGAGUUUAAUUUUUUUAAUUUUUCAUUUUAUUCAGAUUUGGUCUGUUCGAAAACCGUUCUUGAAUUUGGAAGUUUUUGUAUAUUUCCGAUAUUCACUUUAGUUAUUUAUGUAGUAAUUAAUUACUUUUUGUUUAAGUUUCGUUUAUAAAGUUUAUUUUCUUUGUUGUAAUACCAAUAACUUACCGCUUCAAUAAAUAAAAAUUUAAUUUUCGAAAGGUGGGAAAUCGAUCCUUACUAAUGUUCGGG